AUGAAAAUCGUGCCGACAAUCUUGUUUGCAGCUCAGGUUGCGAACGGCCUGUUCUUUGAAAUGGGCGAGAAAGAGACGAAGUGUUUCGUAGAAGAAAUACCUGAGGAGACGAUGGUAGUUGGCAAGUACAAUACCCAGCUUUUUGACGAAAAAUCAAAAGAAUGGCAAAAAUCUGCACCAGGGAUGGGAAUGCAUGUCGAGGUUUCCGAUCCAGAGCAAAAGGUGAUGCUGAAGCGAGAUUAUGGUGCGGAAGGUAAAUUUACAUUCACCGCUCACCACCCAGGCGAGCAUCAGAUCUGCAUCCACUCGAAUUCCACCAAAUGGGCUCUACUUGCUCACGAAAAAAUGCGAAUCCAUUUGGACCUACAAGUGGGAGACACGGCCGUCGACUACAAAAAAGUAGCCUCCACAGAAAAGCUGACUCAACUUCAAUUGCGUGUCCGACAACUCCAGGAUCAAGUCACCCAAAUCCAGAAAGAACAAAAUUAUCAGAGAGUGAGAGAAGAAAAAUUCCGCUCCACAUCAGAGAGCACAAAUAGUCGAGUUCUGUGGUGGUCUUUCAUUCAAACGGUUAUUCUGAUCUCUGCUGGUAUUUGGCAGAUCCGCCACAUGAGGACCUUUUUCGAAGCUAAGAAACUGAUGCAGACGCAACGGAUUCUAGCACGCAGCAGACGCUCCGAAUCCAAACUCGGGCUCGAUAUAAAAAAGCUGGACUCAAAGCGCUCGAUCAGCGUCUCAAAGUCGCGCAAGUCUCUCUCGCAAGCGGAAAGUAGCAGACCGGCGGCGCGAGGUAGCUCCAAUGCGAUGCAUCUGGGCAGGGCAGCCUGCUUGGUCCCUGAGCAUGACGACUUGCACAAGAAAAUCGAGCGGCUAAAAGAUGCGCGAGAUAAAGAAAAGGAGAAAAUCGCUGCAAUCAAGGAAGAGUACGAAGCGAAGGAGCAUAAGUUGAUGGCUGAAUUAGAAACCAUACGGCGGGAGAAAAAAGCUUUGUCAGACAAGUCUAUCGCAGAUUCCGAAGCUUAUGAGCGCGAAAUAGCAGGUCUUACUGACAAGCAUAAUGAGUUGACGAAACAGGUGGAGAUGAACCAUCAGAAAGAGCUGCGAGAUAUGUACAGUAAACACGAAGAUCAGAUUUGCGAUAAGAACAAAUCUAUCGAGUUGCUCAAGCAACAAGUGGAAAGACUUAUGCAUGGACAGAGCAAAGAACGACAAAACCAAAUCGACGAGAUGCGCAAAAAGCUAAUGGGUGCGGCAAAAGAAGCGAAUGAGCUCAGGACAGAAAUAAUGAAGCUAAGGAAAUCUGAGUUUCCAAGGAAGCGCCCAGAGAGUCCAGCUGAAUCCCCUGGAAAACAAGUCACGCUCAAUGUAGGCAUCUGCAUGAAUUGCGUCGUUCUACAACAGGCUCUGUCACGGGUUCAAAUCUACUACAGAUCAACCAUCGGAAACAUUAAAAUCGAAAACCCUAAAACAGUCGGCGACCCAUCAAGCUCUAAAAUCAAAAAUGGCUGA